AUUGAACAAGGAUGCAUUUUCCCAGUGAAUAUAAUUGCUAACCCAGGCCAGUGCCCAACCUUAAUGUUGCACUACAUGGGCAAGACCAACUGUUACAGCAUCAUGGGUAAUAACCCAAAUAAACUUUGGAACAACAAUGCAAUCUGCCAAAUCUUUUCACCCCAUACAAUAUAUUGUCACCGUCCCACAGUAACAGCACAAGCUGCAAAGUAAUGUAAAGUUACUCAGUGUAUAUAGGUGUGAGUGUUACAUGUAUACCAAUCGCUUGCACAUUUCCACUGUAGCCAUAAGUAGUAACUAAGGCCUUAAAAGUUGUUGCUGCAGUGAGCAGGAGUGCGCUGUCACAAUGUGGCCCCUGCAGCGCUCACAGUGUAAACAAACAUCACAUGACCUCACAACUGCAUCAUAGGAGAGCCAACUGCCCCCAAAGAAAUCGUCAGUUGGUACCAACUGCCCUAGAGAGACACAAGCUGGAGGAGGAUGGGCUUGUUUUUCUCAUCGCCGAGUUGCUCUUCGGAGCAGAUUUCAACACAAUAUUCACCUGAUUUUUCUUCAAUUCAUCAUUCUACCGACAAUGUAACUUCUCAGUCUCGUGAAAAGCGUUCUGUGGCUUGUCAGACUGAUGGGGAUCCUGGUGUGACUGAGCCAGCUAUUGAGCAGCUGUCGGUUGUGGAUCCAUAUUGGGAGGUGCUGGACCCCAAACCUGAUAUCCACGCCCUAUUUGACGACUUUAAUAAGAGAUUCUUUCGUGGACUGUUGCCGCCAAUUGACCUCAAAUGGAGUAACAGGUUAUGCAUCACUGCGGGCAUCUGCAUCCAAGAUAAUAUAAGUGGAAAAUGCAGAAUUCGCCUGAACAAACCUCUCCUUGAUUUACGGCCAAGGAAAAAUACAGUGGAAACGCUCCUGCAUGAAAUGAUCCACUACUACCAGCGAGUCAGAGGAACAAGUGAUAUAGAUCAUGGCGCAACCUUUCAUUUUCACAUGGAGCGAAUCAAUAGAGAAAGUGGCACAAAUAUUACGGUCUAUCAUGAUUUCGAUCGAGAAUACGAGUCACUGAAGCGCCACUGGUGGAAAUGCAAUGGUCCCUGUGCACAAGUAGUGAGGCGGCUUGCGGACAGGACUCCGGGCUCCAAGGCGCACAAGCGCAAAUGCGGAGGAGAAUUUAUAAAGGUCCGAGAACCAAAGAGAAUGAGAACUGGCCUAUAGAAUCACUUCAGGAAUA